UUGUAUAAGUUUCACUCCAAACAAAGAUACAGGUUCGUAAAGUUUUAAAUAUUAAGAUAUUAUUCGAGACAACUUUAGAUAGAAAAAUACACAUUUUCCCGAACAGGAAAAGUCAUAUAAAAGAUAAAGUAACUAAGCAAAUGAACGAAUUACUAGUGACAUCUGAAUAUGUACAUGUUAAGUUUGACAAAGAAAUACUUAUCGGCAUUCAAUUGGGUCCAAAUGAUUGUCGUACCCUAUUUUUCCACUUAACUUCUGUUGUAACGAUUUGUUAAUUAUAACAAUUAUAUGUGCACCUGGUACAUUGACCAUUUUCUGGUUUAUCGUUUCAAUUUUAUCCAAUGUCCUCCGUGUAAAUUAUAGUAAUAUCUUAUCCUCGUAACUGUUGCAACAAAAUAGGUGUCGUACAAUUCUUUGACACUAUAAAUACCAUAUGUUCAUAAAGCAGCUCAAUGAAUGUAGGCAACUGAAUCAUAUUAUCAACCUUUGAUUUCCUGAAUACAAGGGAAUUUUUAAAUCCACUUUUGUCCCCUCAAAAUCCGAAUCAAAACGUAAGAAUCCUCAGAAUAAUACGAAAUACCAUCAAAAAUACACAAAUUAAAAGCCUUGUUUAUCCUAUAUACCAGAAAGUCCCUUCAUGGUAAUGCCAUUUCAUUAUCGUUAGAACCAAACAAUCAAAUCUGUGGCAGAAAAAAAAAAACUAAAACCAAUUCUACGUAUAUAAAUACACAAAUCCUCAAUGUUCUUCUCUUUGUCAUCUCAAUUCUUGAAACAUAAUAUUAUUCUUAUUCUAAUUUUAAUUCUCCCCUUUGUGUAUAUAAACUUUUUAGCCUUUUUCAUUUCAUUUUUUCUUGUUGGGUUUUUCGCAUUUGAUUUGAAAACGCCAACAGAAGGUGUUGUGAUGGCGGAGGAACCUGUUUUAUGUGGUUCACCAUUGGGGUCCACCCCAAGCUCCCCUAAGAGUAGGAUUAAAUUUCUGUGUAGCCAUGGAGGAAAAAUUCUUCCUCAGCCAGCUGAUGGCCACCUCAAGUAUGUCGGGGGCGAGACACGUGUCAUCUCCGUUCCUCGGGACAUUAAACUUACAGAACUCAUGAAGAAACUCACUCCCCAAAUUGAGGGUGACAUGGUUCUCAAAUAUCAACUAGUACACGAGGACCUUGACGCCUUGAUCUCAGUAAAAACAGACGAAGAUCUACGCCACAUGUUGGACGAAUAUGAUCGUUGUGAAAGUGCAGGGAUCCCGAGGCUUCGUGCCUUCCUCUUUCCAGCAAAGCCCAUCGUGGUGGACCACCACACAACCCCACCAGAACCUCUAGAACAACGAUAUAUCGAUGCCAUUAAUGGUAUAAUCCGUUCAAGGGAAGCAGGGCUUAGGAUACAACAUCCUCUAAGCAUAAGCCAUGCUUCUUUUGGCUUUUCCUCUGCUUGUUCUUCACCAAGAUCUCCUGAGAGUUGUACUACUGAUGGUGUUAUCCACGAGUCUUUGCUACAAAGUAUUUUUCAAAAUAGAAGCCAAUUGCACAAAGUUCAGAGUUCCCCUAGCUUUUACAAUGUCAAUAGCCAGCAGCAACCUGGGUCCCAUCAUAACCAUCAGUCGCCGCAGCAGCAACAACAUCAUUAUUACAACUAUAGGCAACCGAACUACAACGGGUACCAGUUAAGCAAACCUCCACCUGGUCCUGGUGAUCCAGUCAAAGGGCCAGACAGGCUGUUUUCUGUUAGGUCUGUUGGUCGAGCCGAGGGGUUAAGGUAUCAAGCGGAUCAUAACCAACACUACUAUCAAUCACCCAUGAGGUACAGCCGUGGCAGUGGCUGUUGUACAAAAUGUAUGCAUUAUGAUGACUAUGGCCAUUGUGGGGAAAGGAGAAAUGGAAGUAUAUCACCGGGCAGUUACUCUAUGGAGAUAGGAAAUGGCUGUCCUUCUCCAGGAGGUUAUUCCGUGGAAAGAAGAACUAGUAGUCUCUCCCCAAGUCCCAUUCCGUUGAGUCCUCGCUUCUCCAACAUGGCUGGAUCAGGGGAUACUUAAUACUCUUACGUGCUCUGCAAUUCCAGUGUUUCCUCUAUUGAUGACUCCGUUACCUUCUCAAAGCACAUAUGUUUCCCAAGAACUUGUCUUCCCACUUUGGCAUACGUUACUGUAUAGUCAAUAAUUAUUGUAUCGUCAAAGAGGGGUGUACAUUCAUCUUUUGUGUUUUUACAUUUGAACUUUUGUAUAAUAAAUAAACACUGACAUUCUUUAUUGGUACCUCAGGACAUUUACUUCGUA